AUGUUUUUUGCUAGCAGGAUCACUAUUCUUAAAAAAGAUCAUUUGGAACAAGAAUUUAGUUCAACUGCAGCACAAGCAAGUUCUAGUAUUAUGACUUUAGCAUGUAUUGCUUUAGUUGUACCUGCCACUUUUAUUCUUGCUAUCGAUGGAAAUUCUAAUACUAUGAUUGAUUCUAGAUUAAAAACUCAUAAGGAUCUAUUUAUUAAUGAAGAAAAUGAAGAACCACAAAUAAGCAAGAUAAUAGCAUUAUUUUUGCUAAUUAUAGUAACAGUGAUAAUUGGAUUUUCUGCUGAAUUUCUUGUUAGUUCAAUUGAAGGAGUUGAUUUAAGUAAAACUUUUAUUGGGUUGAUUUUGUUACCUAUUAUCGGAAAUGCUGCUGAGCACACUACUUCUGUUAGUGUUGCAAUAAAAGAUAAAAUAGAAUUUGCUAUUUGCAUUAUAGUUGGCAGCUCAAUAGUAAGUUAA